GGCCAUGGAAGCCAUUUUUUGUGAGCGCUGUCCUAGAGAAAAGAUAGUUCGUUUGAACAAAACUUGUACUUCAAAUCAUCUGCAUUGAUGCUUCAGUAAUAUGUAUGGCUAAUUGAAUUUAUUUCUCUCCUCCAUUAAUGGCAGAUAGUAAAUUAACGGAAAGUUGUUUUAGGAGUUGACAUUUCUAAUAAUUUUCUUUAUAAUCAGUCAAAUUUGGGGCUGAAAUCGGCAUGUAGGCGGCCGAAUAAAUAGAUAUGCACAAGGAGGCAAAAUAAAUAGAUUUAAUGGGGCAGAAAUCAUUCAAGAAUAAAAGAGACCUUUUUCGACUAUCACUCCCAUGAUUCCCCUGCCAGCAUAGUCGAAAAAAUAAACUCUUUCUCUUGGAUGAGAUUCAGGGAUAGAAGCAGGUUCAUGUUUUGAGUGUGUGUUUGUAUGAGAAGAGAUGUGUAAUAUACAUUUAUUACAUACCUGCACACCAAAUGAGUCCAGUUAAUCAACGUUUUUCUUUUUUCCUCCUCAGGGAUUCAGACAAGAUGGCGUGUAAUACUUGUAAAAAAAGACUCAGGCCCCAACAGUUCCAUAACGACAAAGCCGCGGAGAACGAUGCUCUGGUCACACAAGUUGCUUGCCCCAAUUUUGACUGCGCUUGGACCGGAACCCUCAAAUCAUACCAGGAACACACUUGCCCCCCUGUGGCACAUCUGAGAACUUCAAGGAAAGCCAUCUCUCCUCUUGGACAUCAAGACAUUGAUGAAGAAAGGAAAAGCUGGAGUAUCAGUAACCCUGUCACGGCUGAUGCUGCCCUCAAUGUGGAGGCUCUCCAGAUGCGCAUGGAAGCCAUGGAGCUGCUGGUGGUGUCUCUGCGCCGACAGAUAGUCAGCCAGGGAGCUGCGAUGAAGUCCCUCCAGCGCAGCUGCUCCCAGUAUGAGCGGCUGCUCAAAAUGUCUCAGGAGACGCACGAUUCCCCCCAUGGAAGCCAAGGAUCUGAGUCGAGGGGGCCGGAGCUGGUCAGCACCGACGGAACCCUGGUGUGGAAGGUGGAGAAGUUUUCCAAGCUCUUGAAAGAGGCCAAAGCCGGAAGGAGGCAAUCCAUCUACUCCCCUGCCUUUGCCACCCACGUUUAUGGCUACCGCCUUUGCGUCCGGCUGUACCCAGACGGAGACGGCAUCGGCAAAGGCGGCCACCUUUCGCUCUUCCUGGCCUUGGCGAAAGGACCUUACGACGACGUUCUGCCCUGGCCUUUCCAGCAGAAGGUCACCUUCUCCCUUCUGGACCCCAGA